UCAUGGCCGUGGUGGUAUAAGAAAGAACGAAACGUACCACUGCUAGGAAGCGAGCCUCACUUCUUCGUCUGACCACCACUGACCUCCAGCGUAGGCAGCACCGGGAAGCAACCUCUCUGCUCAGGCUAGCAUGGGGAAGGUGUGCUGCAGCAGCGAGUCGGAGGAGGAGGCGGGGUUCAGCUUCCUGGGGCUCCUCGUCGCGGCCGUCAUCGCCCUGGUGUUCAUGCUCCUCUGCACCCCGCCGAAGCGGCGCUCCGUCACCAUCUACCCGUGCUGUUGAGGCUGAGGAGUCUCCAAGGAUCUCUGGUUGCUGGGAGGAAGGUUAUUCGGUUGUUCAUGGGAGAGAGCAGGCCAGGCAAUGGUCCCUGGUUUUCUUCGGUUCAGAAAAUAAUUUCUACUACUGAAUUGUAGGGCUCGUCGAAACUGUAAGCCAUGUUUUAUCGGUAUAUUAUUAGGCUGUCCAUCUCCAUCUGUAGCAUGAACUGAUACAUCUGGGGAAAAUAGAUAUCAUCAGACUUGUUAUGUUGUUUUCACUUGUCCUGUUCCCUUCCCUCUUUCUCUCCUCUGUUUAUUUUUUGUUUUUCUUUCAGAUUUUUGAUAUGAUCGUAACAGAAAAGCAUAGAUGCUUGGUUAUCUGUUAGCGCAGCCAGGAUGCAAUUAAAUAACAGAAAAGUUCAGUGA